GCAGUAGGGCAGCAGAUGAUGUUGAGAUUGUAGAUGGUGGAAGGUAAUCAGAUAAAGUGCACAGGCUAGCAGGCGUAAAUGAGAACACAUACCAAUGAGAUAAAAUCGAAUUUCUUCACUAUCAAUUUCUCACCUACUGAUCCGCCCCGAACCAAUAAUUUCAUGACGUCACCAAUAGCCAUGUCCUGUUUAGUUACAUGGUAAAGACCGUGCAUAGCAAUGGCCAUAGCUGUGAUAUUAAGUUGAGAGUAUUUGUUUUAUUAAAUAAUAAAGAAGGAUUGCACAAACAUUCAAGUCAAUGUUGUAGAUUUGGAAUUAUUAAGUGAUAAUGCCUCUGUUUGGAAAAAAAGAUGCUCAGCGGAAGAAAGAAACAUUUAGUGUUGAGGAUAAGUACGAAUUUAAAGAUCUACUUGGCACGGGAGCAUUUUCACAAGUAGUGUUAGCAGAAAGCAAAGAUGAAAGCUCAAAAAUGGUUGCCAUAAAAUGUAUUGAUAAGAAAGCAUUAAAGGGUAAAGAAGAUUCUUUAGAGAAUGAAAUAAAAGUUCUUAGGAGGCUCAAACAUCCAAACAUCGUACAACUUGUUGAAACAUUUGAAGAUAAAAAUAAAGUAUAUCUUGUAAUGGAGCUUGUAACUGGAGGUGAACUAUUUGACAGAAUUGUAGAAAAAGGGAGCUAUACUGAAAAAGAUGCUAGUCAUCUAAUACGUCAAAUUUUAGAAGCUGUAGAUUACAUGCAUUCUCAAGGGGUUGUCCACAGAGAUUUAAAGCCAGAGAACCUGUUAUAUUAUAGUCCUGAUGAAGACUCCAAGAUCAUGAUUAGUGAUUUCGGGCUCUCCAAAAUGGAAGAUUCAGGAAUUAUGGCCACAGCUUGUGGAACUCCAGGAUAUGUAGCCCCAGAGGUUCUUGCACAAAAGCCAUAUGGAAAAGCUGUUGAUGUGUGGUCAAUUGGAGUUAUUGCAUACAUAUUAUUAUGUGGAUACCCUCCAUUUUAUGAUGAAAAUGAUGCCAAUUUGUUUGCACAAAUAUUAAAAGGAGAAUUUGAAUUUGAUUCUCCAUAUUGGGAUGAAAUAUCAGAUUCAGCUAAGGACUUCAUUCGACAUUUAAUAUGUGUUGAUAUGGAGAAAAGGUAUACCUGCAAGCAAGCUCUAGGGCAUCCUUGGAUUAGUGGAAACACUGCUAGUGACAAGAAUAUUCAAGCUAGUGUGAGUGAACAACUGAAAAAGAAUUUUGCAAAGACAAAAUGGAGGCAAGCCUAUAAUGCUACAGCUGUUAUUCGUCAAAUGAGAAAAUUAGCCAUGUCAAGUACUGGUAGCUCAAUGGACAGCAGCACAAAUUUACUUGGGUCCUCAAGUCAAGGUUUGAACUCUACCGGUGGCCAAGCAACAAUUACUAACAAAACAUCAAGUAGUGCACCAACGCCCUCAAUGUGAAAUAUCAAACUUCUUGCAGUCAGGGAAACUUAAAACUUCUGGCCUAUAGGAAUUAAAGGAGGAAGGAUAUAUACAUUGCUGCAAUGUAUUUCUUGCAGACAUUUUUGCUUCAAAAUGCAUGCCCUUGAUGUAAUUUACAACGUAAUUUAAUCUAUCAGAAAAGCAGUGCUACAAAGAUAUGAAGUUAUAGGAAAACAUGAUUUUUCUCCCUCUAUGAAUGUACAUAAGAAAUAAUGCAAUACUUAGUGUUUAAUUUCCUGUUGUAUAUUUUGUUAUGUUUUGGUAAUUUACUUUUGUUUAUGGGCUGAAUGAUUAUUCUAAGGCUAUAUUAGAAUGAAUGAUAAUUUUUAUAUAAAUUUGAAUAGUACAUACUACAUUACAUAAAAAUACAUACUACAUUUUUACAUGAAUUUGUAAAACUACUUUUUAGCAGAAAUUUACUUAUUAUGUAAUGUUAUUAUUGAAAAAACGAUGGAUGGAAGGAAGAAAGAAAAAAAAAUGCAUAUAUUAAAUUAUAUUUUGGUUAUAUUGCUCUUUAAUUGCUUAUUCCCACCAUUUUGCUAAUUCUUGUUCUGACCAAGUUUUGAUGACGUACCACGAAUUCUACUACAUUUUUCUUCGUUAUUAAAUUUAUUAAAAUAAAAUAUUGAUUAUUAAGACUUUUAAAUCAAAAAUGUAAAGCAUAUUCAAAUUUAUACAUAUACUUUAUAGCCUUGAGUGAUCCUUUUUUAUGAAGGAAAGGACACUCAUAAAAAAUCAAUUUGUGCAUGCAUAUUUUGCUCUGUCUAAAUUAAUGCCUUAGAUAUGUUUUGCAUUAAAUUUUAUUUUCUGUUUUAUCCAAAAUGAAGUUUUUCUGUGAUUUUAGUAUUUUAUACUUUUGAUAGUCCUCAACUACAAACUUUAUUUAAACUGCCAGUACUUUCCUUCAGCCCACGACUGAAAGUUCAUUAAAGUUUACUUAACAGUUGAAACAAAAUAGUUUUAAAUGAAUUGUGUAUUUCACGAUUCCCUAAAUAGUUUAAAUUUUUAUUAUGUACAUAUAAAUGCAUAUAUAAAUAAAUAUAUAUAUAUAUAUCUAUACAUAAGAAAUUGAAUGCCAUUUUACUAUUUAUAAAGUAUGCAACAGAAAAUGACUAUUUUAUUUCUGUGUUUAUUUUAACUGCUGCACAAAUGUUUUUUGAUGUAUAUUAAUAUCUGUGAUGUAUGUGUGUUCAAGUGCCAUUUACCACCCCGUCUUAUUUUUGUAAAAGAUGGAUUCCUUUGAUUUUGUUGAAUAUAUUUUUUUAAAUUUUAUUUUUUAAUUAUAGUGCUAUUUUUUUUUUCUUUUUUAAUUUUGCGAUAUUAUUUGGAAUCAUUCAUUUAGUAAUCUGAACGAAUUUGCACAAACUAGUUAAAAGUUUUAUGAAAUCUACCAGAAAAUUAAUUAUUUUGUUUAUAUUAAUCAUAAACAAAUCACAUGUAAAAACAUUAAACUUUUGAGACUUAAUAACGUUAAUUGGUAAUUCUUUGAAAAAACUUGAAGUGUUUUUUUGGAAUUCUAGUUUUGUGUAUUAAUGACAUUGAUUUAAAGGUAAAAAGAAAAAAAAAAUCUAGAUUUUCUCUUUAUUUUUGCGGCACACUUUUUGCUGCAUAAAUUACCUGGUUAAAUAUUUUGAAAAAUAAGCUAAAAGAUGGUAAAACUGAAGUCUUAAAAAUAAAAAUAAAAUAAAAAUUUUAUUUCACAAAUUGCAAAGCACAAUAGUUAUAUUUAACAGCCUUUUUCUGCCAUUUUGAAAAGUAUAGUUACCAAAAGACGAUUUAAUCCAUCAAUUUUCUCUUUUAUAGUUUUUAUUUCUUCAUAUGCUUCUUUAUCCAAUUGUUUGCUUUUCUGCUUGGUUGAAGAAACAUCAUUACAUUAUGAAAUAUUAAGGCUUAAAUGUGCUUUGACAAAUCACUAAAGCUUUGCAAAAAAAAAAAAAAAAUUUUUUGGCACAUCCAAAAUUUUGGCUCAAACCACUUUGUCAUGGUCCUAAAUGCAUUUAUUAUUUCUUAUCAAGAAAAUGAUAUUUAUCUCAAAACCACUUAGAAUAUUUUGUUUAAAGUAAAAUUUGUACUUAUUUUUUUAAAAAAUUGAGUACAAAUUUUAUGUUUAAUAAUUUUAUUUGUUGACUUUCAGGUAUACAGAAGAAAAAAAAAAACCCUCUGAGCUCUAUUUGGCUAGAAAUAAAUAUACACCUCAUUAUUAAAAGAAUUCUUUGUUAUCAUUAGAUAAAUAUUUACUAGUUGCAUUUAAUUUUAUGUAUUAAAUUUUAAAUUUAGCUUUUAUUGAAAUGAAAAUUUUAGAAAAUAUUCCCAAAAUUAUAUGCAUUUAUUGUGAUUUUGGUUUUAAAGAAGAAUAUAAAUUUUUGCGAUUUCUUUGAAUA